AUGCUCAAGCAGGUCGUGGUGCUUCAUGCUCUCGUGAGACUUGUGCUGACAGACGAGCUAGUUAAUCUGCAUCCCGUGAGACCAGGUGUUCCACACCACUUCACUCCUGCAGAACGUUGCUCGUUCCUCCAGCCGCCAGCACUUCCCUUCUUUUGGGACCAGCGAUGCAAGCUGAACAAAAAGAAGCCUGGGUGCUGGGCCGAUGGCGUGCACGCGCAGUGCCGCUUCUGUGGAGAGGAGCCCUACACAGGCAUUGCCUGCCCUGCAAACGCGAUCGUUCCGAGUGCAAUGACUGUCUGCAAAUUUGACAACCCUCCCGUGACUCCCUUCUUCUGGGACUCCUCUUGCUUCAUGGGCAUGAAGGGCUGCCUGGCAGACGGCAAACACAUCGGAUGCAGAUUUUGCGGAGCAGGCAAUUACUCUGACAUUCAGUGCCCUGCGAGUGUCUGCAGCUUCGCCAAUGAGCCCUGGACGCCCUACUACUGGGAUGACUUUUGCCAGUGGGGCAUGCUUGGAUGCAAUGCGGACGGCCUUCACAUCCAGUGUCGCUUCUGUGACAAGGUGCCGUUCCAGGUCAUUUCCUGCCCAGAAAAAGCUCGACCGGCUUACCCUGACGGGAAGUGCUGGUUCCCUGCAGGAGCACCGCAGGGCCAAAGUCAUUUCUGGGACGAGACGUGCAAAUGGGGCCGCACGGGAUGCUGGGCUGACGGAGUGAAUCGCCAAUGUCGAUUCUGCGGCAGUGGCGCCUACGUGAACAUUCUCUGCCCGAACGGAACUGAGACUGAGACUGCUGCUGCAGGCUUAGAGAUAAUGCCCGUGCAGAUGAGCCACAAGUGCUCAACAGAUCGAUUGGUGAUGUUGAAACGCUGUGGCCGUGAGGUCUGCCGUUUGCAAGAAGACAAGAAGUGGGUCAACUCGUUCUCCAAUGCUCGGAUGCAGAUGAAGACCGUCCGGUCCGGUAGCGAGCGUGCCGCCGGAAUUGGUUCAGCGCUGGCCGUUUGGAUCCCAGUUCGCAUGCUCGUCCCCUUCAAGUUCAUCCCGCCGGAGUCAGCUGGCCUGACAGCCAUACCCUCCUUCGGUAUAGGCGCACUGGUGGCGGGCGUGCUGGUGACCUUGGCAUACUGGAAGGGCAUCAAGCAGGAGAUGCAGAGAGAAAGACUGGCCGACGUUUGCCGCGGAUCAAGUGCUGGCAGGCUUAGCCAGCGGAUUAAUCUGGAACGCUGGCAAUGUCUGCUCAGUGAUUGCGCAAAGUCCACCCUUCUCUUUGCCGUACGGUGUGGCCUACCCCAUCCUACAGUGUGCUCUGUUUUUUGGCGGGCUGUGGGGUAUCUACGCCUUCAAGGAGAUUGUGGGUUCCGCAGUUGCCGUUUUCUGGUCAGGAGCUGUGACCCUAGCGGUGGGCAUCGUGCUCCUGAGCCUCUACGGCCCAUCGGGGGCUGCAUGAUCUGGAGACGGAGACCAGGUUCCCGCUGUAGAGCGCCAGCAUGCGCUACUCGCAUUCUAGCGAGCACAGGAAAGUCCUUCGGUCAGUGCUGUCAAGUGCAUCGUGACAAUGCGGUAGUGUGUGAGACCGCGUGA